CACGGGAAUCUCUCAUGUUAGAUUAUCGAUAUAGUUAUUUCUCUUUCUUUCAUAAAUAAAAAAAUAUAUAUAUAUAAUAAAAAUGCAAUUAUCUAACGUUGUUUCUGCUGCCGCCUUAGCUGGUGUUGCUUCUGCUGCUGCCAAUGCUCAAGAAGUUGCUUUCUUCACUGCCUUGGUUGGUGACUACCAAGCCAACAAGUUGCAAUACAUCCAAUACAUUGCCACUGCUAACGAUGUUCCAGGUGCUGUUUCUUCUCUUGCCAUGCAAGUUAGAACCUACUCUGCUGAUGACACCUCUUACACCACCUUGUUGAACGACGGUAACAUUGACAUUCCAGCCUUGGAAUCCUUUGCCACCAACGUUCCAUGGUACUCUAGAAUCGUUUCUGACGCUGGUGCCACUCUUGGUGGUGCUUCUGCCACCGGUUCUGGUUCUGGUUCUGGUUCCGCUGCUGCUACUGCUUCUGCUUCCGGUUCCGGUUCUGCUGCUGCUUCCGCCACCUCUGCUGUUGCUUCUGCCACUUCUAAGGGUGCUUCUUCUGCUGCCUCUGCCACUGGUUCUGCUGGUUCCGCUCUUUCUUCUGCUGCUGGUUCCAUCACUUCUGGUGCCAAGUCUGCCACCUCUUCCGGUGCCAAGGCUUCCUCCGCCGCUUCCUCCCAUGGUUCUUCUUCUGCUGCCGCUUCCUCUUCCUCUUCCUCCAAGGGUGCUGCUGCUGUUAAGUACGGUUCCGUCGGUGCUGUUUUGGCCGGUGCUGCCAUUGCCUUGUUGUAAGCAUGCUAACUAAUACACGAGAACAAUUUGGUCUAGAUGACCUUUGCCUACGCUGAUUACGACCCAUGUUUCAAUUCAUAAAAAUUACAUAUAUAGUUCAUAAUUA